AUGGAUUCAGCCUCCCUCUCGGGCACUACCCCUGGGGGAAAUUUCAAAGUCAUCCGGAGGAUCCAGCUGCUCCAGCAGGCUGCAAAUGCAUAUGACCUGGAGCCCGAUGAGCGAUUUGGGGCCUGGUUCCAGGCCAUGGAGCCCAUCAGUGUCCAUGAGAGCUACUGGGUCUCCUGCCAGCUGGAGCCCGCACACCAGAAGGCAAGCAAAAUGCGGCUCUUCAGGAGAAAGAGGAACCGGACAUCAGGGCAAACCACCAUGCCCUUGGUGAUGAGCCGUCACACUCUGGAGACCACAAGUGCAGCUCCUCCUGACCAGCAGGGACACUGGGACCCUCGGGGUGCACCGGGCCAGCUCUUCCCACCCUGAGUGAACGAGGACAUCCUAAGACUUUCCCUGGUUUCCCCUAAAGCCCCAGAGGGAGGGCACCACCCCCUCCA